UUUAUAAGCAUUAUGUUGAUAAAUAACACUUUUUUACAACUUUAUAGUAUAUUCUUGCUUUUUCUUAGCAUAGUUUGUUUUAAACAUUUACUAAAGUAUCAUAUUUAGAUUUUUCAAAAUUAUUUAAAUUUUUUAGCUUAUUUUUCUAACAUAGUCGCCGCUGAGAAGGCCUACAAGCUACAAUCCUACAAUCAACUCGCUUGAGCCUGGAGAGUGGCUUGGUGCUGCCGUUCCCGAGCCGUGUUCCCCACCACCGACCAACGCGACCUCCACCAGGCCACCACCUUCUUUCAAUUUCAGGAUAAUGUGAGGCUUAGUUUUUUCAGUACUUAUAUAGAUAUGAACCCUUGGUUGGAAAGGUUACUUGUCAUUGAUGAAUCUACACUAUGCUUAUGGAGGAAUUGCAAGGAAAUUUAUUUUGGGCAAGUCUUUUUAUGGUGAUUGCCAUUUAUGGAGCUUGGUAAUAUUUAUCAGAAAUGAUCACUCCCUUCCACAACGUAAUUAUAGAUAUCCCUCGGAGGUGCCUUAUGGAGGCGUGAACAGAACAAACAAACAAGUGGAGAAGAAAAAUGUAGACCGAAAAGUAUACAUGAGAGAUGUUGUUAGAGAGAUUUCAAACAUUUUGAGGUAUAACUCAUGGGAUUCUGCUCAAGCCCAACUACAUAGGCUACAUAUCAAAUGGGAUUCCUUUACAGUCAAUCAAGUUUUGAAAACCCACCCACCAAUGGAGAAGGCCUGGUUGUUCUUCAAUUGGACUUCAAAACAGAAGGGUUUUAAGCAUGACCAGUUUACAUACACAACAAUGUUGGAUAUAUUUGGAGAGGCACGGAGAAUAAAUUCGAUGAAGUAUGUUUUCCAGCUCAUGCUGGAGAAAGGGAUUAAGAUUGAUGCCUUUGCUUACACAUCGAUGCUGCAUUGGCUUUCAAACAGCGGUGACUUUGAAGGAGCGGUGAGGAUAUGGAAGGAGAUGAGAUUCAAAUGUUGUCAUCCAACUGUUGUUUCUUAUACAGCUUACAUGAAAGUUUUAUUUGAUAAUAACCGAGUAGAGGAGGCUACUGAGAUUUACAAGGAGAUGCUUCAAUCUGGCCUUAAACCCACCUGCCACACUUACACAAUCUUGAUGGAUCAUCUUAUCCGUUUUGGAAAAUGCAAAUCAGCUCUAGAAGUGUUCAAGAAAAUGCAAGAGACUGGGGUGCAACCUGACAAGGCUACGUGCAAUAUUUUGGUAGAGCAAUGUAGCAAAGCAGGGGAAGCAUGGGCAAUUAUACAAAUUCUUUAUUACAUGAAAGAUAAUUCGCUUGUUCUUCGCUAUCCUAUAUAUCUUCAGGCAUAUGAAACUCUAAAAAUGGCUGGUGAGACUGACUUCCUUCUUCGCCUAGUUAAUCCCCAUAUCUCUGUUAACUAUGAUAACGCUGAACCCAUGGGAUCAACAGAAACUACAUAUGAUAUGAACAAAAACAUAGAUGGGGGCCUUCUGAUAUCAUUUCUAAAAAAGAAAAACUUUGCCGCCUUUGAUCGCCUAAUUGCUGGAAUGAUACAACAGAAUUUGUUAUUAGCCCCUGAUCUUGCUUCUAAAAUCAUUACAUUGAAUUGCUCUUCAGGCAGGAUACAAGCAGCUUUUUUGGUCUUAGAGUAUUGUAAUAAAAUGGGAAUUCGCAUUGAAAAAGAAUCAUUUCUAUCAUUAAUUGGAGUUGUUCUUAGAAUGAAAGAUUUGUCAAAGAUUUUUCUGCUCUUUGAGCAAAUGAUUAAAUUAGAUUUGUUUCCGGAACCAGAAUUUGCACCCCUUUUAAUUUAUAGGCUCGGGCAAGCCAGACAACUUGACAUUGCUGUAAAAAUAUUCAGUUUGUUUUCUGAAGAGAAGAAGACCACUACGUUAUAUACUGCUUUAAUUAGUGCCUGUUUCUCGGCUGGAGAUCCUGAUAAAGGAAUCGAAACGUUCAAGUCCAUGAAAAUAAGAGGAAUUCCGGGUACUUUAGGGACAUACGAUAUGAUCAUAAGAGGUCUAGAAAUGUCCGGUAGAGUCGAUGAGGCAAAGCACUAUAGGAAGGAAAAGAAAAGCUUGCAGAGGAAAGAUAGUAUCUCAGAAGCAUUUGUUAUGGAUGAAAAAUUAUGUAAUGCUUUGUUUGCAGGGUAUCUGUUACCAUGAUGAAGUGACAUUACUUUAGAAAUGUAGAAAAGUUUAUAUUAUUUUCCUCAGGUGGUGGAAUGUUACUCUGAAUCCCAAAAUGGGUGACAUGCUUACUUGGCACACCAAUAAAAUCAUGUGGCAUUUCUAAUUUAUGUUUAUUUGCUUGCUGACUGGAGACCACUAAACCUUGGUGAGGAAAUUUUUUUGUCUGUGUUCAUUUCUGAUUCCUCCUCUAAUUGCUUGAUGUUCAGUGAUUCGGCCCCCCUUAAGAAUAUUUUUGGAUGCUGACUUUGAUUAUUGUUAUGAUUGUCUAGGUGACAAACCUAUUAGCGGCGCAAGUUACUUGGGAAUGUCCUACAACCAACGUGUGGAUCGAUAAGUACUUCUUGAAUUACUAUUAAAGAAAAAUUGAGUAUUUUUUUUAAUGAAAAAUAUGGAUAUUUUAGUAAUAAAUGAAAAAGAGAAUAUAUUAUGUGGAUGAAAGUAAAAGAUAAUUAAGGUACAUGAACGAGAUUAAAAGAAAGUGGUAAAUUAUUGUCCAAAAAUAUUUUAAUAAUCAUUGAUCUUCUAGAGUAGAAUUGAUACAUUGGAUUGUAGUCAAUUUUUAAAGCUUCUUUUCCUUUGACAAUGUAAAUCAUUUUUUAAAUUGUUUAAUUCUUUUGAUCUAUGAGCUUUAUAUUUCGUUCCAAUACUCUUGAUUUCUAUUUGCUUCCAUGGAAUUGGAUCAUCUGUUAUUUUUGUGUUUUCAUUCUCAAGGAAUUUAAAUGUUUGAUAUUGUUGUUUGUAGGUCAGAUCUAAUUGCCUAUUUAAGUGAAGAACAGUAGUUGUUUGCUGUAUAUGAGUGUCAGAGGAAGAGUGAACAAACCUAGUUGGGGGGAGGAAUAAGAAAGGAAUCUGUCAUCUGUGUGCGUCAACAUGACUGUUUCUUGGAUGUGAGGUGUUUUGUAGUAGAAUGAUUUUAUGAUUUGAGGAUCAAUAAGUUAGUUUGCUUGAUUACACUAAGAGUACGUAGAUAGUUUUUAUUUUCUCUUUCAAAUUGUGAAAAGUCAAAAAUCCUUUGAACUUCUAAACGUAUUCCUCAAACACUUAUUUAGAUAAACGAUUGACCCUUAAUUUUAUAUUUGAAUAUGAAGUCAACCUUUGUCUAACGGAUAACCCCUUGAAACAUAGGAUGAAUUAGGCCCAUGUGUUUUAUUAGACCUUCUAGAGGAUCUACCUAGCCAAUUCAAUUUUCCCCCUCAUACCCUUAUUAAUUACAGCCGACUAGGUGCACCUAUUGCUCAAGGCCCACUUUUUAAUGAACUCCUCUUUAAGUUUUAUAAAUAUAAAAAAAAUAAUUUUUACUAGUUCUCUUUUAAGAUGUUCUUUUUCUCUAUUUAAAGUCUCAUUAUUCCCUUCAUUCUUAUGAAAAUGCACCCAAAUUAUUUUGGGUCAAAUUUAGUGAAAAGUAAAAUUGAAUUAAAGACUAAGACAAAAAAGCAAGUGGAUGGUAGAAAUGAGUGGUUAAGAUGAAGAGAUAAAAUAAGUUUGUAGAUGAGAGAUUUAAAGAAAAAAAGCGGGGUCAUUGCCACAAAAGAAAAGGGUGCAAAAUAAGUGGGAUAAACUAAAAUGGAAAGAGAUUCAAAUUAAGAGGGACAGAGAGAGUAUUUCAUAAACGUUAAUUCAAUCCUUAUUUUGCAAUAGCUAUACUUCUCUUAAAACGCUUUCACAUAAAAGAAAAACAGAAAAGUAUAGCAAUUAAAAAUAGAGGUUGAUAUGUUAACCUUUUUGAUUUUGGAAUUUGGACUAGAGAAUAUCUACAUGCAAAGAAGAGAGAUAAUUAACGAUCACUAUAUGUGGUGAGAAUCAAGCCUUUGUCGUGAGGGUGAAAGGAAAGGCCUCAAUCACUAGGCAACCCAUAAUUCUCAUCUAUGUUAAGCUUUAGGUAAAAUUAUCAAUAAUAAAUAAACGUUUGCUCGAUCUACUAAAAAUAAACUCACCUAUUAUUUAUUUCUAAGUAAACCGACUUGUUGAAAAUCAAUUCGCAUAUUAUUCUUUACUAAUUAUACUUGACUUACAAAAAAGGUUAUAAACAAUAAAUGGGUUGAGUACAUCUUGUUUGAGUUGGAGCAAGUAACGCUGUCAUGGAUGAGAGGCCCAAGCCCAUCAUUAAAAACACAUAGGGAUGAUCAUCGAUCUAGGACCCUGUUGGACCCGUUCCGGGCCCGCCUCUUUUUUAAGGGUCUGGGUCUUAAUUUUUGAGACCCAUCGGAUCCGGGUCGGAUCUGAAUCCAAAAAAUAUUUGACGAGUCCAGGUCCGGGUCCUAAGAUGCAGACUCAAACCCAGACCCAGACUCAGACCCAGACCGACUACCAAAUGAGUCACAGGAUGACUCACAGAGUACCCGUGCAAACUUAUGAUAUGAGUUUGAAAUUGAUUUGGAUCCAUUAAGAUCUUAUGAUUUAUGAUGAAAAAUGAGAAUUUGAAAUGACUAUAGAACCAUUGAACUGGGUUUGAAUGAUAAUAUGAUUUAUUAAAUGAAAAAGCAUAUUUCAAAAUGAAUUUACUCAAAUCAAAAAGAUUUUAAUAACUUGUUUGACGAAAACUAGUGUGUUUAUACUCAGCCUUUUUGCCGAUACUAUGCUUUGUAUGUUUUUCCAAUUGUUUUGUUUUUAGAGCAAACCCCUAUGGCACCUCGACGGAGAAUGGAUAUGCGAGUGGAAGAUGAACCCGAGUUGGAGUAUGACUCCCCUUUUGUUUAGAUCUCUUUAUUGUAUCUGAGAGACUAUUAGUUUAGUUGUUUAGAUUUGGACUUAUUUCGAUUUGGUUGUAAUUUUCCUUUAUUUUGGACAGUUAAAACUUUUGUUAUAUUGCAUUGGUUUCACUUUUAAGUAAAUUUUUAAUUGUGUUUCCAAAAUUAAGCUUCCGCUUGAUUAAUAGUAAAUUCCAGUUAGUGUUUGCCUUCAUAAUUCGAGGCGGUUACAGGUCUCCCCCCUCUUUGAUUCGUGCUAGGAAUAACACAACAGUGGUGGAUAGUUUGGAGCAACUCUUACGGGAACGUGAUGCUAUUGUGGAUGAUUUACAUUAUUACUUAAUUCGUGCUCAACAUCAUAUGCAAAAAUGAGCAAAUAUGAAACGCCGAAAUGUGUCCUUUGAGGUGGAUGAUUUGGUGUACUUGAAACUUCAACCUUACCGGCAACAAUCUCUCGCUCGUCCACCGUGUGACAAGCUUUCAGCACGAUUCUGUGGGCCAUAUGAGGUGGAAGCUAAAGUAGGGGAUGUUGCUUACAAAUUGCUCUUACCCGCCGGGAGCAAAAUUCAUCAUGUUUUCUAUGUCUCACAACUGAAGUUGGCUCAUGGGGCUUCCUUCAAUUCAACCCCCCUACCACCCCAACUGUCGUCUACUUUAGAACUGAUGGUAAAACCUGCGAAUGUUCUGGGAAUACACAAAGAUCCUGAUCAACCACUGUCCACUGUUUAAGUGUUGAUACAAUGGCAAGGUCUUCCUAUUUCAGAUGCUACUUGGGAAUUAUAUGGGAACAUAGCCAAACUAUUUCCUGCAUUUGACCUUGAGGACAAGGUGUCUCUCGUUAGGGCGGGUAUUGUCAUGGACGAGAGGCCCAAGCCCAUCAUUAAACACACAUACUCAAGGAAAGGAAGAAAUCCAAAAUAACAAACAGUAAUGCAUUCACUGUGGUGGUUUUACAAAAAGAUGUUGUUUGUUAGUUUGUUAUAAUAUUUGUUGAGCUGUAGUAUUUUAUAUUCUAGAAGGUAGUACUUGCUAUAUACAGAGGGAAGGGAGGAUAGAUUUGAUUAUGCUUGUAGUACUAAAUUGGUCUUGUACCGUGGGAGUUAUCGAGCCACUUGAAGAGCUCGAGGGAGUACUUUGCUCUCUAUAUUGAAUAAUACAAGCAUUCCACCUUCUGCUCUUCUAAUUCUUCUUGAUUUUGACUCUAAUUCUCUUUUUCUUGCUUAUUCUGUUAUUGUGUGUUGCUAGCUGCUGACCACCAUCACAACAAACGCCUUUGUUAGAUAAGGUCAUGGAUCAAAUCUCACCUAAUUCUCC